UAGUCGCCUGUCUGCCAGCUCGCUCGCUCGUUCGUACCGCUCGUCCGCUUCUCGUGUUCUCGCUCGCUCGCGUCGACGCUCGCCCGCUCCUGGUGAAUUCGUAUGGUGAAUUAUUGAUCCGCGGCGGCGUGUGCGUGCGGAAAAACCGCCGUUGCGCCUGAGGAGGAGAGAGGAAGGCACUCGGAGGCUAAGCGCAGAGGUCAGAGGAAGAGAGACGUACCGAUAAGGUUUAUAGAAGGGAAGGUGGGGAGAAACAGAGGGAGAGAAAGAUAGAGAGAGAGAGAGAGAGAGACGAAUAGGAUAGCCCGCGGAGCGGCGCGCGCGGUGGCGCGAGAAGGCGCUUGAAGCGAGCCGCACGUCACGGGGUGAGAAACGUGCGCUGGCUGGUGUGAUUGUAUAUUGUUUUGAAAAGUGUCGGCGCGCGCGAAUGUGUGCACGCGACGCGUCGCGAAGCUGAACCGGCGAAAUUCUCUCCGAGAACGCGAGAGAAGAGAGGGAGAGCUCGCGAAAAGAAAAAGUGGUCAAUCUUUCUCUUGUGUAUCCGUAUUUUCGCGUAUCGCAACUCGUGUUGAAAAGAAGUACACGCGUAAAAAAAAAAACCGUCGGUCGGGCCGUCACGCGUGCUGUGUUUCUCAUCUCGUCGUCUUGUUGUUUUGUACACACCCGCCGGAUCGUCGUGGAUGCGCGCGUAAAACGUGCCGCGAAAAACGGGGGUUUUUUUUUAACGCCGCGAUAACGCGGGAAAAGUGUCGUUGGUAAUGCACGCGGCGAGCCGCGUCGAGCCGCGACGCGCGACGGACCUGUCGUCAGGUGAGUGAGUCCGAGAGAGGCAAGUGCCGAGGAGAGGAUCCAGAGUUUUUUUUGUUUAAACGAGAGAAUUGCCGCGCGCGAGGGAAGAGAACUCUCGUCGCCCCGACGAGAAGGUGUUUUGAGAUAAUUUGUUGUGUUCUGUCGUCGUCGCGGACUACGCCGACGGCGACGACGGCCGACGAGAGGGAACGGCGCGACGAGGAAGAGGAGGUUGUAGCGUCGUCGUCGUCUCUCGCGCUGACUUGGGGAGAGACCGCCACGCCGACGUCGUUUUAACGUAAAUCCGCUUUACAAAUCAACGCCGUCGAUUAUUUCCGGAGGAAGCAACGUUCCACCUUCGCCACCGCGGCUUGGAUGGAUACUGUGCAUUAUUUCUGGAGUGCACCCACGUCGCCGUCAUCCUGACCUGCCCGAGAAAUCCUCAUGAAAGACUGGGAACUCAGUACUCAGAAUAGCAUCGGCAGUGCGGUGGCUGCAGCCGACACCAUUUCCGCGCCGUGGACCCCUGCGAGUUCCGGGCCGCCGCCCGACGCCAACGGCUCCGGCUCGGAUACGAAGAACCUCGACGUUGGCGAAAUUAGCGAUGACGAGAAGGAGCUGUCGGGAGCGGACGCGGAGGGUGUGUGGUCGCCGGAUAUCGAACAGAGCUUCCAGGAAGCUCUUACCAUAUAUCCGCCAUGCGGUCGACGCAAAAUCAUCCUUUCCGACGAAGGGAAGAUGUACGGUCGCAACGAGCUGAUCGCCCGUUACAUUAAAUUGAGGACCGGUAAAACGAGAACGCGAAAACAAGUAUCUUCACACAUACAGGUUCUCGCGAGAAGAAAACUCCGGGAGAUACAGGCGAAACUCAAAGUGGAUCAUGCCGCCAAGGAGAAGGCGCUCCAGACAAUGUCGAGUAUGUCGAGCGCCCAGAUAGUAUCAGCUGGAAGUGCGAUACACAACAAGAUGUCCCCCGCUCUCGUGGGGCCCCUUGCCCUUCAUGCUUCCACCCCUGUCUCCUAUCCUGGAGCGCAAUUUUGGCAGCCAGGUUUACAGCCGGGAACAUCCCAAGAUGUGAAGCCGUUCCCUCAGCCUGCCUACACUGGGAAACCGGCGACGGCAGUUUCGACCGGAGACAUUGUCCAGGCGCAACAUCCUCCGCCGUGGGAAGGACGCGCCAUCGCGACCCACAAACUCAGGCUCGUCGAGUUCUCGGCCUACAUGGAGCAUCAAAGAGAUCAAGAGAUAUUCCACAAGCACCUAUUCGUCCACAUAGGAGGUUCCGCGACUUACGCAGAUCCGCUGCUAGAAGCGGUUGACGUCAAACAAAUAUACGACAAAUUCCCGGAAAAAAAGGGCGGUCUGAAGGAGCUCUACGACAAAGGACCGCAAGCGGCCUUCUUCCUCGUUAAGUUUUGGGCUGAUCUCAAUAGCAACAUUCAGGACGAAGCUAACGGAGUGUUCUACGGUGUUACGAGCCAAUACGAAAGCAACGAGAACAUGACGAUAACGUGUUCGACGAAAGUAUGCUCCUUUGGGAAGCAGGUGGUGGAGAAGGUGGAGACAGAGUACGCCAGGUUUGAGAACGGCAGGUUUGUGUAUCGUAUCAACCGCUCGCCCAUGUGCGAGUACAUGAUCAACUUCAUCCACAAACUGAAGCACCUGCCAGAGAAGUACAUGAUGAACAGCGUUCUCGAGAACUUUACCAUCCUCCAGGUUGUUACGAACAGGGAUACGCAGGAAACGCUAUUGUGCACGGCAUACGUGUUCGAGGUGUCAACGUCCGAACACGGCGCUCAGCAUCACAUAUACAGAUUGGUCCAAGACUAGCCUGCUUGAACCUGCUCGCCAUGCAGCCAUCCACCCCCAUCAGUGCCUACCAUCACAUAAGAAUCAUCCAUAUGCGUACACACACUGUAAGAACAGAAAUAUGAUACACACACAUACAUACAUACAUACACACAUACACACACACACACAUGCACGCACGCACGUAUAUAUUGCACGCGAUAUGCAAGCGUGAAUAUAUGCGGGUGUCGACACGCUUGUUACACACUUACACACGGAAAUAUUUUCGCGUCCAUAGUUAGGUGAGUUUCGAUAGAAAAUAUUCGGUCAAUGAAAAGGAAAAAAGCUCUAGAGAAAAUGUAAGUUCAAUAUAAACUACGAAUUGUAGAUAAUAUUACAUCAAUACAUAAUAUUUAUUUACAAUUAAAUGUAAAUAAAUAUGAAAUAUUGUGUAAGCCACUCCUACCCCCCCCAGAGCGUUCGUCAUCCGGUGGACGAGACUUCAUAUUCAAAAGAUGAGACAAAUUCAGACAUAGAAUAAAUUAUAUAUAUAUAUAUAUCGUUGAAUGCUCUGCAACGGUUCUCUCUCAUUUCUCGAUUCUUUGCUCACUUUUAAACUCUGUCUCUGUAACAUUAAACUAAAAAAAAACAAAAAAAAAAAAAACAAUUAAGA